GGUAAGUCUAACAAGGUCAACAACACUGAUCGCGGUGCACACACGCGAACGCAGCUACCGCGCGCGACUACCGUCCCGUCGGCACACAUUCACGCCGCGACUCUCGCCAGUCUCGCGCAAUCGACGCAGUUAGCAGUUUUCGAGCGGUGUUGUGUAGUAUAUUUGUGAAUUCGCUUGGGAUUGUGCGUGUGCGUGCGAAGUGCGCGCCGUUUACGAGUGCCAGCCCGCCGCCGCCUGCAGGACUGCGGACAGAGACAUGGACAGCGCGCCGACGGCCCGACGGCGACGACGCGCCCGGUCGCCGCGCGAUAAGAUUGUCGCGCGAGCGUGAUGUGCGAGGUGCUCUCCGAUCAUCUUUCUCCGAUUCCGAAGAUUGCUGAAUUCUGCGAUUAUUUCGACCGAAUGCAUCAUUCGCAAAGCGCAACAACAACAAUGUUGUUGCCAACGUAAGUGCGCGUGUGUGCCCACCAGUUUUAUCAAAGACCAUGGCGGAGGAGUCGCUGUGCGAGGAGAUGUUGCUGGCGGCGGCGACGCACCGCUUCACCGACGCCACCAACGGCGUGCUGAAGCACCCCGAGUGCAACACGCCGAACAACAAUCUGUGCGCGAGCGAUAUUAAAGACUGUCGCGAACUUAGUGCGACGCACCUUCGCGAGGACUCGCAGGACUCUGUCGAGAGUGGUAACACGACAACAUCACAAGAUGAAGAAUCGUCCAUCAAUGAAUUUUCAUUGCUUUCCGAACCGAGCACCUCGCCGAAAGAGAACAGUAAGAACAGUAAAAGUGCAGCGGCGCGUAAUUUUAGUAACGGCGCCGCCGAUAAAAACAGUAAAGUGCGUAAAAGGGCAGCCGCCACUGGUCGGGGGCGGCCGCGGAAGGCUCUCGUCGCUAUGUACCACAGUCAGAUCAGCGGCGACAAGAACACCAUCAAGAUACGCAUCAAGAAGAGUAAUUUAUCGACGCACACACAGCUGACGCCAAACAAGAAGAAAAGUGGCCGACGAAAAAAGCACAAGACGUCCGAUACGGACACAUCUGACCAUGAAUCAAGCACGACUGCGAAACGCACGAAGAAUUCCACAGUUGAAUCGUCGCAGGUCGACGCCGCGAGUGAACCGCAGGAGCAAAGCGCCUGGGGUUCAACAACGCCACCUGCUUUACUUCUGUCGAUAUUUCAAUAUGUCGUGGGACGUGAUGGAGCACUUCCCGGUGUGGUGCGCUUGUCGAAAGUGUGUCGGUUGUGGCGUGAUGUCGGUGCAAGUCCGUCGCUCUGGCGGAAGGUCGAUUUGAAUGCGGUGAAGGAGCGCGCGCGGACAGAUUAUCGCCUCAGUUGGCUGGUGCUGCACAAGUUGCCGCUCUGCGAGGAUCUGAAUCUGGGCGAGUGGAAAGUGCGGGAUAUUCAGGCGACGCUCGAGGAGAUCACUCACAAUUGUCCGCAUCUGCGUGGGUUGAAUCUCUCCGGGUGGAAGGGUUUGAAUGCUGAUAAUUUGAAGUAUAUUACGACGGAGUGUGCGAAUCUACAGAGGUUGGACUUGUCGUCUAUUAAUUCUACUUCUGCGAUUAAUGCGCAACCUUUGGUGUCACUCGGACAAACUAUGAACACGCGUUUGACGCAUUUAGUGUUGGCGCAUAAUAAAAUCGCUGGGUUUACGCAGAUUAUGGCGUCGAUAGCUGGUAAUUGUGCAAAUCUUGAGCUUCUGGACAUAUCCAACAUACGCACGUUUGCGCACAACACAGCAUUACUCCACGUGGAGAAACUUCAGAUUGGUUGCCCGAAACUGAGAGUGUUAAGAUUGACAAAUAGUCAAAUCUGGUUGGCGCCUGCUAGUCUCACCGAUCAGGUCGCGUCGCCUGGGUUCCCUUGCCUUGAAGAAUUAUCACUGGCAGGAAUCGAAGAUGACAAAACAACGACAGCGCGUUGCGUUGAUGAUGACGGUAUUGAGCGGAUACUGAAAAAUUCAACCAAGUUGCGUUUAUUGGACGUGCGUGGGUGUAUCAGGCUUACCGAUUCUGGUUUGGUGAAGGUACCUGCGUGGGAUCUCGAACAUUUGUUUCUAAGUGCUUGUUUAAUAACACGCGCGCAAAACUCCGGUCUCGAAUUAAUCCUGCAGAAAUGGAGUCAUAGUCUGCAGGAAGUUGAUCUGGCGUGGUCCACCGCAACGGAAUCAUUGGAUAAUGCGGUGAUUGCGUUGACAGAAGCUGAUAAUCCACCAUUACGGACGAUAAACCUAUGUGGAUCUUCUGUAAGUCUCGAACCAGUGAAGGCAAUCCUCAAAAAAUGCCCUCACCUGCAUUCCAUCAACCUGCAGUCGUGCAGAGCGCUGCCACGAGGCAUUAAACGCCUGUACACCGGAUCGGCGGUCGCUGAACUUCGACAGUCCUUACAGGACAAACCCAAGACAGACGACACCGCAGGCUCGGACAAUGACGCCGCCGAAACGACAAGCUAAAUCAAAAUGGCGCAUACCAAUAAGACAUAUAUAAUAACAUAAAAAACAAACAAAAAAGUACCUGCAUUGUAAAAAUAUUUAAAUAGUGCAUUUACAAAUCAAGCUAAACACAAUUAUUGUACACACAAGCAAAGAAAUUUAUCGAAAGUUGAUUGUUUGCCACACUGCAGGUCAACAAGAUGGCGGCUUAUAGGACACGGGCGGCUCUUCUCGAAUACAAACACGGCACAAAUAUUAAAUUAUUAUAUUGUUGUACAUACGAACGCAAAGAACGUAAUGGAUUGUUUCGUGCGAACAAUUACGGUACGGAUAUUAGAUACACAUACAAAGAAAUCUAAUAUAUAAAUAUAUGAAUAUAUAUUAUUACAAAUAUAUACAUACACAAGUAGAUUUUAAGGUUAUUAUAUGAUGAUAAAUUAAUUUAGGCGAAUCGUAAAGCGCGCGCGAGUUGAGAGACGUUUUUUAAUUAUUGACACAAACAUAUAAUAUAUAUUCUAAUGGUAAAUAAUUAUUCUAAUUAAAUUUAUAUUUGCGGAGGGUGUAAAUGUUGCGAUAUGUUAUUUCUGUUAUUAUUCGUUUGUUUUAUCGUGUACUUUUAAUGAUUUGAUGUUUUUUUCUUUGCUCGAUACAAAUUUGCAAACUGUACAUAGUUUUAUUCGAGGGACACAAACACACCGAUGAGAAUCAAAUUGUUAUAGGGAGACAUGCGCAGUAGUGUACAUAAGUUAGCAAUGACCAAUUCUGUAUGCAGUCAUUGUAUUUAUUGUUCUCUUCACACACACACACACCCAGUACACAUGUGUAGACAUUUUGCGCAGAUGAAAGACAAAAAUGGCCUUAACGUGCAAAUCGGAGAACAUUUACUUGCAGAUGCAGACGUUAUAUCGCACUUGUACAAAAGCGUACACUAAAAUUAAUUAUUGUCACGCUACCAAUAACUGCUUCACCCAGAGUAGAGUUGUGAUUUUGUCUAGAGCAAUCAAAAAAAACUAUUUAAAAGCUAAAAUGAUUAAUUAAUUGAAUGAAUACUAUUGAUAAAGCAAUUUGUAAAUAAAAUAUAUGUUCUUUUUAUAUAAAAGA